UGAAUGUUGGCUCAUAAGGAAGGAUAAAGCAUUUUCAGUUGGGAGUGCUCCUAUGUCCAAAGAGUAGGAGACAACUGGUAAAGAGAUUGCUAAGAAGUGUGGAGGUGUACCAUUAAUGGCAAAGGUUUUGGGACAUAUGCUACGCUCCAAAACAACUGACGAAUGGCGGUCAAUUGUAAACAAUAAAAUAUGGGAUUUACCAGAAGGAGAAAAAAGAAUUUUGUCAAUUUUGAAGUUGAGUUUUGAUGAAUUGAAACCUUCAUCCUUGAAACAAUGUUUUGCAUAUUGCUCAAUGUUCUUCAAAGAUUUUGAUAUUGAAAAGGAUGACUUGAUCCAACUAUGGAUGGCUCAGGAUGGCUUCACCCUUGUCCUGACAAAAGUCUAGACAUGGAGGAGAGAGGUAAUGAAUAUUUUAAAAUCCUAUUGGCGAAGUCGUUUUUUCAAGAUGCUAGAAAGGAUUAUGGUGGUAAUGUUACCAAAUGUAAAAUGCACGAUCUUGUGCAUGAUCUUGCAGAACGUGUAUCAAAAUCAAGAAACUUACACUCACUUUUUCCCAAUGGAGAAGUCAUUGACCUUGAGAGCAACUUACUUAAUUUUAAAUCUUUACGUGUCUUAAAUUUAUACAAUGCAUACAUUAUGGAGUUGCCAAUUUCAAUUGGGAACUUGAAACAUUUGAGGUAUCUGAAUGUUUUGAAAACAAGAAUCAAAACAUUUCCCAAAUCAAUUGGUCAGCUUUACAACCUGCAAACAUUGAAAAUAGCUUAUCAGCUUGAAGAGUUUCCGAGAGAAAUUGCAAAUUUGAUCAACUUGCAGCACAUUUGUUUUGGUAGAUAUAUGAAAGUUCCAAGUGGAAUAUUGGGACAGUUCACUAAUCUUCGGUCAUUACCUUUUCUCAAGGUGGGUAAAGAGCCAGGUCCGAGAAUUGAGGAAUUGAGUGGUUUAAACCAAUUGCAAAACACCUUAUCUAUUUAUGGACUGGAAAAUGUAAGAGAUGGAGAAGAAGCGCAGAAAGCAAACUUAGUUGAGAAGAAACAUAUAUGCAAGUUAAUCCUUGAAUGGAAGCUUGAUAGGCCAAGCCACAAAGUGGAGAAUGAAGACGAUGUACUAAAAGGCCUACGACCACAUGAUAGUUUGGAAUUUUUGGCUAUUCAUGAAUUCAUGGGUGUUGAAUUUCCAUCAUGGUUAUUGCUAGCCAAGAAUUUGAAACACAUUGAAUUAUUGGGCUGCAACAAAUGUGAAGGAGUUCCAGUACUUGGGCAUUUACCCAGUCUUAGUUGUGUUAAGAUUAAGAGCAUGGAGAAUCUAACUUGUAUGGGAUCUGAGUUUUAUGGUGAUAACCAUGUUAACUGUGGAAAUGGAUCAAGUAAGGAGGCCCGGCCUUUGUUCCCUGCUUUGAAAACAUUGCAUAUUGAGGAGGCACAUAACCUGAUUGAAUGGAUGGAAGCGCCAACAGAGGGAGGAAGUAGGGUGGUGUUUCCUUGCCUUGAGGAGCUAACCUUGAUUCACUGUGACCAACUGACAAGUGCUCCCAGUCAUCUUCCAUCUCUUAAGAAGUUGGUGAUACAAGACAUGGAUAGUGGAGGCAUGCCAAUAGAAAGUAUUCUAAGCAAUCAACUCACCACUCUCACUUAUCUCAGGUUAUGGAAUGUGGGGGGACUUACUUGUCUGCCGGAAGGGAUGUUGGAAAACAACAAGAAUCUUGCACAUUUAAACAUAUCUUCAUGUUCGGAGUUGACUCAUAUAUCAGAAGGAUUUGAGCACUGCUGCGCAUCUCUCUCUCAUUUGUCUAUAGGGAGUUGCAAUAAUUUGAGAUGUUUACCUGAUGGGAUACUCACAUCUUCUCUUAAAACGCUGUCGUUGUGGCAUUGUGACAAUUUAAAGUACAUCCCGGAUGCUACAGGCGAUGGUCUCACAUCCCUUAAAACAUUGGAAGUGAUGAGGUGCCCCAAAAUAACAUCCAUUCCAUUUUCACAAGGCCUCCCAUCUCUCAGUGUAUUAAGUAUACAAGACUGUCCCGAAUUAUCAAGUCUACCGAGUGGGCUGGAAUUUUGUACCUCUAUUCGGAGGUUGAGAAUAACAAGGUGCCCUAAGGUACCAUCCAUUUCAAUCGAAAGUCUGAGUACAUCCCUCCAACAGUUGUGUGUAAGUAAUCUAGACUCUCUUCCAAUUUCACGAGGAGGCUUCACAUCACUCCGUGACUUGGAAAUCCGUUACUGCGAAAGUGCACAAUUUGGGCUAGAAUUUAGUGCCUUUCUUCAAACCCUUGAAUCUCUUCAAAAAUUGAAGAUAUGGUGGUGCGAUAAUCUAGAAACUAUUCCAAGUUCAGACAAGCUCACAUCCCUCCGCAGCUUGGAGAUUCGUUUGUGUCGUAAAUUAAAAUGUCUACCGGAUGGGUUAGCAGCAUCGUCACAGUCCUGCAGCCUCACCCCUUUGAAGGAAUUGACAAUUGGUCGUUUCUCCGAGAAGCUCCAUGCAUUCCCGGCUUUUCAGGCUAUACCACAGCUUGAAUCAUUAUCCAUCUGGGGGUGGCUGCAGGCUAUUCCAGAAUGGUUGGGAAACCUUGCAUCUCUGGAGGACCUGACUAUUAGGUCGUGCAGUAGUCUGAAGUAUCUACCUCCUGUGGAAGCUAUGCAACGCCUCACCAAAUUGAAAGAGAUAGAGAUCAUCGGCUGUCCCCGUCUAGAAGAAAGAUGCACGGAGGAGAGCGGCUCAGAGUGGCCUAAGAUUCGUCAUAUUCCAUUAAUCAAGAUUGGAGAUAUAAAAAUCGAGAAUUAACCAACAUCAAGGCGAAUAAGGAAGUAUGAGGAGCAGAUAACAGAUAAUACACCACAUGCUGAAGAAUUGUGUUGCAUAGCAAAUAAUACAUACACCAAGGAAGAGAUUGAUACUUCUUGUGAUUGAAAAGGUGUGUAAAUGGAGGCUGAUAUACUCUAGGCAAUCCUACAAUAAAGACAAUUUUAAGUUGGGUUUGCAGGAGAUUCAAUAGAGUUGCUGAAGAGAGCAAAAGAUUUGUUUUUGACAAACAAUUUCUGGAGGUUUUUGCUAAAUUGGAGGAAUAGCUAUUUUGCAAACAGAGUCCUGGCUUUCCAAAACACCAGAUGAGGAGUAGUUGAGUCAGCUAAACUGGUAGUGCCAUCUCCCAAGUUCAGUUUGUUACUCUGAGUUGUCCUCCAAACCAGUGGUGUAACAUUAUUUGGCCAACUCUGUUUUCCAAUGAGAAAUCAUUGUUAUGGUGGAAGCUGUUGCAUGGAAAAUCUCUUGACAUAUUGCAGUGUACAGAUCUUUGCAGCAGGGAUUGGGGGACAAGGUUUUCGUCAUUUUUGGCUCUGUUGUGCUAAAAGCAAUUUAUGCCAUCAAAUUGGACGUCUUUGGAUGGCAACAAUGUGUGAUGUCUGAUGGAUGAUAGAAACAAACUAAUUGGUGAAGCAGAUGCUCUGCAAUAUUUGAGAUUAUGGCUGUCAUGUACCCAUAAGCAGUCAUUUGGUGCAGGCAAAGGCAUUCUCCGAGCCCAAAAAAAAUUCAAAGGUGAAUUUUUGAAAGGCUUUUACAGCUAUCUGUUUCCUGUCAGAGCUUUCAGUUUGUGCCUCCAAGUUGUUCUCCAAAGUGGUGGUGCAAGAUUAUUGGGCUAACUCUGUUUUCCUAAACUCUUUUAAAAUCGUUACUAGCUUGGAAGGAGAUGAAUUGAAAAUUCUUAAUGGCUUUCACAAUACAGCAAGCCAAGAUUUUCUCCUUAUUUUAUUAUCAAUAUUGGGGAUUUGGUUUCUCCAAAGCAACUGCUAGCCAUCUAGUCUGAGAUCUUUGGAUGAUAAUCAUGAUAUGGAAUGGAAAAAAUCAAUCUAAGAUGAAGCCUGUGUUGAAUUGAACUUUUAAGAUUUUAGUCUCAGAUGGUGUUGGUCUUUUUAGUGCCAGCCAAGCUGAGAUGUUCCACUAGAGUUGGGAGUACGUACGGAUGCCAUUGUGCUUUCGGUUACUGGGCAAAAGUUUGGAUAUAGGCUCAUCUUUGCUUGUGGAUACUUAGCUGAACAACCUAUCAGGAGUGGACACAUGGGCAACAUGCUCUACGUCAGCUCGGAAUCCUUGAUUGCCUCACAUUCACACAUGAUGAGACGUCUGCCCAUGCCUUGUAGCUACUUAAACAGUCAAACAUUAAGGAUCUUCAAUUCCAUGCCUCAAGGGACGAUGUUUCAUCAUUCUCCAUUCAGUUGCAUUCUCUUUUUUACUUCUUGUAUUUUCACAGCUAAACCAUUAUACAGUGUAAUUGACCGUAUUGAUUUCGAUCAUAGUGAAACCACUAGCAAGCUACCGUGACGUAGCCCUAAGCUCUAGGCUCUAGCUGAGUUUUGGGUGAACACGUAAUUCUCUAGUGUUAUUUUGUGUGA